CUGAAGGAGGAGGGGUGGAGCUUCUACCGCCCGGGACACAUCCAACAGCAGACGUUCAGAUGGAACUGUGUGUGACUAAAGUGAUGAUGUUGGCUGGAGGUGUCCUUGCCGUUCCUGUCCUCGCCUUCAUCACCUCCUUCUUGUUCUGGCCCGGAGUCCUCCUUAAGGCCUACAACUGGUACUGGCGUUGGCGCCUGGGGCUGCAGGUCCAUUACUUCUACAGUGGAACAUAUCGCUUCUGUUAUUCCCAUCGCGGGACACCAGGGGGCACCACGCCAUCUCUACUGCUGCUGCACGGCUUCUCUGCCACCAAAGACAUGUGGCUGCCCGUCGUCAAGCACCUCCCCAGAGGACAGCAUGUGGUGUGUGUGGACAUGCCAGGACAUGAGGGGACGAGUCGCACCGGGGCCGAGGACUACAGCAUCCAGGGUCAGGUGGUCAGGGUCCACCAGUUUGUGCAGGGUAUGGGUUUGGAUAAAAAGCCAUUCCACCUGGUCGGGACGUCCAUGGGGGGGAAUGUGGCCGGAGUUUACGCCGCCUGCUACCCCUCACACCUGUGCAGUGUCACCCUGAUGUGUCCUGCAGGUCUGGUGUAUCCCACAGAGACAGAGUUCAUCCGUCGACUCAGAGAGUUGGAGCAGAGUGACCAGGAGGAGCCCAUCGCCCUGAUCCCCUCCACCCCCCAGGAGAUGGAUGCCAUGCUGAGACUGUGCUGCUACACCCCUCUGCACCUACCUACACAGGUUCUGCGAGGACUUCUGCACAACAGGAUACCCAACAACAGUUUCUACAAAGAAGUUUUCAUGGAGAUCGUUGGGGAAAACUGUCGUCACUCUCUGCAGGAGAACCUGCCCCUGAUAAGUGCCCCAGUGCAGGUGAUCUGGGGCCAAGAGGACCAGGUGUUGGAUGUUUCUGGUGCGUCUGUUCUGCAGAAGGCACUGCCUGGCUGCCAGGUGGCACUUUUGGAUAACUGUGGUCACUCCAUAGCCUUAGAACGGCCCAGGAAGGUUGCCAAGCUCAUCAUGGACUUCUUAUCUGCGGAGGAAGUGGACAGUCAAGAUACAAAGAAAGUUUCUUAAAGGAAACACGUUCCUUUGACCUCAGGAGGGAUUGAAGUCAAUGGAAGAUGUUCUAUAUAAUAUUUAAUAUUUAAUAGAAUCUGUACCGACAGUCACAUAGGCACCGUUUUACAAUGUCCUGCAGGACAAACAGCUGUUAUCGUUGGGUUUGAUGCUUUUCCAUUAAUCCAACUAACAUCCUCUGUUUUUUAAAUAAACCACAAGGAGAAAAAAGUCCAGCUUUAUGGAGUUCAAUUCCUGCCAAAACUUUAAAUAUAUUUUGUAAAUACAAAACAGACCUAUCGAAUACAUAACACACAUUAGAAACAACACCAUGUCUACAAAGUAAAACAACAGUAGGAACUAGAGAUAGAGAACAAGAACAGGGAGCAGAGACAAUAUUGAUAUACGCUUAGGGCCUGAUUUACAAAGAUCGCAAAUAAUGGGCGCAAAUGUGCUCGCUUGUGCUAAAAAAAUGCACAUGCUAUUGAUUUGCGUGUUACGGGUGAUCUACUAAGAUUGGUUGCGCAAAUGACAACAAACGCAAAGUCUUGGAGACCGCCCUAAUUAAAUGAGGAUUUUGCGUGUGCUACUGGUUGUCGUCAUGGAGACAGUGUGCUGGAAAAACUGCUGUGGGAUACCCCAGCACUCAUAAAUAUGAAGUUGCUCUUUUUCCACCCAGAGGGGUGAAUCGGCAUGUCUCUGUUGUUGUUUAUCAGUGGUGAAGUGUGUUAUUAGUGAAAUAAAUACGUUCUCUCUGUAUGUCGCUCUGUAUGGUGAAUGAAAACUUUUAAGUCCGUGGGCAUAAUAGAAAACCCUCCACAUCUGUGCUUAUAUAGCUGGUUCAGGAGCCCAGUCACAACACCAUGGACAGUGCUGUUUGUGUGUGUGUGUGUGUGUUGUGCAGCGCAUGUUGUGCAGCGCGAGAACCCGUCUCAUUCGGUCUCUCUUGCAAACGCGAGAGAAAGAGAGAGAGAGACGUUUCGCAGGGGUUGGGUCCUGGCCUAAUGGUGAUGUGCCACUGGUGGAACCGGGCGUGGGGGGCAUGCCCAUAAAGUGGGGGGCCAUUUGU